AUGUCGCCGUGGUACGCAGGAGCUCAUGUCAUGGGUGGCUCGGGCUCGAGCUCGCGCCCCGGCUCGCGUCCAGUGUCGCGGCCUCCAUCGCCGUCCUUCUCGACCAGCCCUAGCGUCGCAUCGUCGUCGUUUAACAAUGUCGCAGCGCUCAGCCAGGCCCUCGACGACCCGCUGUCAGAGUACUUUGCAGACGGAUCCACAGCAGGUUCCAGCAGGCAACUCAACUCGUACACCGCUUCGACCGCGUCGUCCCUCCUCAGCCCCAACGCAAGCACUGAAGCGACACCCGUGCCGUCGAUGAGCGGCCUCCCCCAUGUGCCCGACUCGGCACAUUCGGCGUCCCCCCACACCCCACUCGAGAUCUUCCUCGACUCGGACGACCUCAUGCUCCGUGGCCAAGGUGGCGACAUGAACCCCGCAUAUCUGUCGGGCUACGUCUCGCUGUGGCUCGCCGAGAGCACCAACCUCAAGGACAUUACCAUGCAGCUCACCGGCAAGGCCAAGGUGCACUUCCAGGAUGCGUCAAAUCACAACUACACACACAACAUUGUUCAGCAUGACUGGUCGUUCCUCGAGGGCAACAAGCGCCAUACACACACACUCAAGGCUGGCCUUCACAACUUUCCCUUCUCGUUCACCCUUGACGGCAACCUGCCGUCCAGUAUCACUACUGCCACGGGCGACGGUGCCAUCCAGUACAGGCUGCGCGCAGCUGUCGUUCGCUCGGGUCUGAGCUUUAGCAACCUGUCCGCUACCAAGGGGUUUAGGCUCUCGCGCACUUUCACGCCCGAGGCUCUCGAGUUCAACCAGACCCUCGAGAUUGAGAACACUUGGCCGGGCAAGGUCAUGUACUCGAUCACUGUGCCAUACAAGGCGUAUGCGGCCGGCGACUCGAUCCCCGUGAUUCUCAAGUUUAUGCCCAUCGCCAAGGGUGUGCGCGUGCUGUCCGUCUCGUCGGUUAUCAAGGAGUACUCGCUCGUGUUCACCAAGGGCUCGUCGCAUGCCGACACCCGGAAUGUGAUCACUACCAAGCACGAGCUCCAUGGAGGCCACGCCGUGCUCAUCGAGCAAGAUGCUUCGCGUCCCCCUACACACUGGGCGGGCGUGCGCGAGUCGCAGUGGCGCGACGUCGCCACCUCGAGCCCUGCCAACACGGGUCCCCGUGGCUCCACCGAGGCUUCCACCGAGGAGCCAGUGGACCCCGAGGCGAUUGUCGGCGACGACGAGGUGUGCACCUCGCUGACCAUUCCUCUACCUCCUUGGACCACUCCAUCGCACACCCUCAAGCCUGUGCAGGUUACGCACAAGAUCAAGUGGUCGUGUGCAAUCUCCAACCCUGACGGUCACGUCUCGGAGCUGCGCUGUGCACUGCCCAUCUGCAUCCUUGACAACUCGCUCCUGGACGAGGCCCGCGCUGCCGGAGCGCCCACUCGCAACCUCAUGAUGGGCACGACCAUCGACGAGACGGCGCAAAUGGACCUGCCCAGCUACAGCAACCACGUCUAUGACCGCAUCGCCGUGGCCGAGCAUUCGGGGUCUUCGGCGUUCACCGCCAGGUCGGUAAACGCCACUCCGCACCAUUCACCCUCCCACACGCCGCCGGCGUCCCGACCCGGAAGCCGCCCCGGAUCGCCGCACGGAUGGUCGCGGUCCUCCUUUACGGAAGCAGCACCGGACGUUCCGCCCCGCCGACAGCUCACGGAGCACGCAGAGUCGGCGCUCCUCCGCGGCCUCGGCCAGCUUGCUGCCGUCGGCUCGAGCCGCGGCACCUCUGGCUCCAACUCGCCGGGCCACAUGACUCCGCCCGAGAGCUCGUCGCGCCAGUCGCGCCUGAGCUCGCGCUCCAACUCGCGCGCUGCGUCUCGUGCGGGAUCCCGCGCAUCGUCACCCGAGCGUGGCCACCGCGACGGCGAGGAACCCCACCACCGCAGCAGCGGCUUGAGCCACUUGCUCCAGUUCACCAAGCCGCUGACCGCAUUGACAUCGUCGGCCAAGUCUCCCAUCCUCCGGAACAACAGCUCGAGUGUGUCGUCGUCGCCCGUGCUUGCGCCCUCGCCGAUCACGCGCAACUCGGUGUCGUUCUCGACGCUGCCGGGCAGCUCGACGGACCGCCAGUCGAGCGUCACGUUCCACCCGUCGGCCCUCAGCGGCGCCAACCGCGAGCGCGGCAACUCGCGCGCGUCCAACCCGCGCUUCCACGUCGAGCCCGAGGAGAUGAGCUCGGACGACAACAACCCCCUCUCGCGCGUGCCCAGCUACACAGACGGCAGCGACCCCUUCGUCGUGCCCCUCGACCCGGCGCUGCCGACAUACACGGACAGUGAGGUCAUGGAGCGCGCGCGCAGUGGCACAGACCUGGUGUCCAUGGGCAUGGCCCGCGAGCGCAGCAGCAGCUCGAUGAGUGCGCCGGGAGCGCACAGUCUGCCCAAUGCCAGUGCGCCGACCGCGCCGACCGUGCCGAUCGUGCCUCCCGUGGUUGCCACGAAUGUGUAG